GGGUACAGGGAUUCACCCUCUACUGGAAGUCCAGCGGAACGCAACGCGCACUUCACAAACCGUUUGUUGAAACGCAAAGUUAGGCUGUGUGACCUAUAAGGAGGGGUGGUCUUGAAUAAAUCUUUUCUGACGAAGCUCAGCAGUGAAGCCGAACCUCCACUGACUCUUGUUUUACAGACCGGAGCGCUGCAUUGUUAUGAAGGAUACAGCGUUUGUUUUAGUCCUCUAGAGUUUAAAAAUGGGUGCGAUACGCUUCAUACAUUGAUAUCAAUUGUAAAUAUAGCCUAACAGUGUACCAGGAAAGCUUGUCCAGGACUUCAGUUCCUUCUGAGAAGAUUUUCAACUCGUCUCUCGGAAGAAAUCACUUUUUUCCCCCAUCGGAGCGGACAAGUAACGUUAAACGUUUGUUUCCGUGCAUCAAUAGGCGACAAUAUAUAGUAUAACAUCGCAUAACUUCAGGUCGUGUACCUACAUCGAAGAACCGGAUCUCAUCCAUAAAAUACAUUUUGAGCAAAUGUCAAGGUUACUAUAGCGGAAAUCGUAAAUCGCCAUCCAGCUCUAUAAUUAAACGAACCAGCCGUGUGUCCGCUGUUUGUGUCUGAUACCUCUCAAACUAACAAGCUCGUGGACGACAUUGGUAUUGUGCUGUUGUGAUACCGUUGCUGGCGUUUCACGCUUUCACGGGAUUACAGUUUGAACUACACUCUCCUAAAGGACGAAAACGACUGUCUUGCAUGUCGUGUGGAUUACUGAGAGAGACAUAGGGAAUCGAGACACCUGAGCCGGAGAGCUACCUGUAACUUUUCUCUCUCGAAAGCUCUUCAUUGCGCCUUCGGUCGCUGGUUGACACGGUCUUUUUUAUUGAACUCUUAACUGGUUUGGUAUAAUGGACGUGACAGCUCUAGAUAAAGUUCACCAGCAUCACAAUCCAACAGAUUCUCGUUGGGAAUUCGUCGCUGGACUGUAGACGUCGGUCGGGAGAUAUUUUGGAGGAGCGCUGUUGUUUAUCAUAAGAAACGGGAUUUAAUCGUGGAAACUACUACCAUGUCCGUUAUACGCUCUUGGAUGGAAACUCUGUUGCUGUAUAUAUUAAUUUCGGAAGUUGCUGGUAAAGUUUCUCCUACCAGUUCAGAUGCCCUCUUCACUGUCCCGGUUCCUAGUACCACCUCCAGCCCACCAGAGGUUUACCUCCCUGCCAACUUUAAGCUCUCCAACACACAGUUGGCCUUCUUUCUCCAAGAGAACAGAGUUCAACCAUAUAACAGCCAACAUGGACACCCUCUUCAGCGUUCAGAAAGCUUUGUGGUCUUCCAGACUAAGGAGCUUCCUGCAAUCAACAUCUCACUUGGACCUUUCACCCAAGACCAGACGUUGUCCAAGGACCUACUGCAGCCGUCAAGUCCUUUGGACAUUCCUGGAAGACUGACAGUCAACUGGAAGGUCCGGGCUUUUAUUGUACAAUCGAGAGUUUUUGCUAGUAACCCACUGGUUCGGGUUCUGUUCUAUAUUGCAGGACGGGAUUGGGAUGACUUCCAGUUUCAGGACAAGCUUCCAUGUGUGAGACUGCAUGCUUUUAGAGAUGUUCGGGAAAUCAAAACAUCCUGCAGACUUCAAGGGAAUCUAGCGCAGUGCUUGGCCCAACUGGAUCUCCCUUCCACUUGGUUUAAUGUUAAUGUAGCGCCUUUGGGUCGCAGAAAGUCCUCAGGGACAGAUGGGCUUGAGUUGAGUGGAGAGACCCUUCAAGUGGAGCUUUACUAUACCCUCCAUGAUCCAGACAGCAAUGAUGAAUGUGGGGAUAGCUACCCACGCAGAGGAGGGGCAUCCAGAGGGGAGAACUCAUCCCAACAACCCCUUCUCCGUAUUGGGAGCAUCAGUUUGUACCAGCCCAGCCAGGAACAACUGGUGGUAGACAAGCAGCUCGACAAGAACCUCUUUCUGAGGCUACCAGAGAGGCCAUUGAAACCAGGAGAGACCCUCAACAUCUACCUGCUCCUGGUCCCAAAUUCUACUGUGGAGCAGUUUACACUCAAGGUGAAAGCAAAGAAAGGGGUGAACCUCCUUAGCACCAAGUCGAGGAGUAACCAAUGGAAGGUUGAAUGGGAUGUUCAAUCCGGGGCCAAACACUCCAUUGCAACCGUGGAAGCCAGCAAGAUCAGUGGAGUCCCUGGGGACAUGGCUGCCAGCAUCGAAAUUAUGCAGCUAGACUUUGAGAUGGAGAACUUCACCAGUCUAUCAGUCACCAGAAGAAUCAACUGGAAUAUUGAUUACAGGGGCCAGAAUCCAGCCUCGGACGCAGAAAAGGUGGUCACAGAGCUGACGGUUGUGCAGAAGGACAUCCAAGCCAUCAUUCCACUUUUAAUGGACACUGAGAUUAUCAACACGGCAGUUCUUACUGGCCGAACUGUGGCCAUCCCUGUCAAGGUGGUUUCCAUAGAGCUGAACGGAGCAGUCACUGAUGUGCAAUCCCCUUUGAAGUGCAGUUCAUUCAAUGAGGACAUUGUCAAGGUGUCCGCGAGCUGUGAAUAUGUGUAUGUGAAUGGAAAAGAGACGCGUGGCUCCAUGAACGCCCGGGUGAUUUUCAGCUAUGAGCACCUGAGUGCCCCUCUUGAGCUCACAGUCUGGGUGCCCAAACUGCCCCUUAAAGUGGAGCUCUCAGACAACAGACUGAGCUUCAUCAAGGGCUGGAGGGUGCCCAUCUUACCCGACCGCAGAACGGCCAGAGACAGCGAUGAUGAUGAUGAUGAUGACCGUAAAGUGAGCAGAGGAUGUACACUGCAGUACCAGAGAGCCCAAGUCAAGGUUCUGACCCAGUUCCACACAACCUCUAGUGAAGGCACAAACCAGAUGAUCACUAUGCUGGGUCCUGACUGGCAAGUGGAUGUGACCGAACUGGUGCAAGACCAUCUGAAGGUGGUGGAUGCCAGGGUGGCUGAGCUGGUGGACAGGACGGUACUCGUGGCCAAUGAGCUUGGAUCAUCCACUCUGAAGGUUGAAUCUCCACUGGCAGUGGAGGCGGUGCUGGGUGAAACGCAGUUCUCUGUGGUAGACGAUAAGGUGUCCAUAGUCGAGCUACGUGUUCAUGCCAUCUCAGGACUGACACUUAAUCUUCAGCCAAGCCCUGGUAACAGCCAUACCAUGGUUGCCAAGGCAACUGGCCUGCAGACUCUCUCAGCUCUUAAGCAGGAGGCCAGUCUGUCCAUCUGGGUUUACUACAGUGACAAUACCGCCGCCCCCCUGAGUAUGUAUGACCCAAAAGACUAUAACCUCAAUGCCACCACAGCAGACGAUAAGGUGGUAACAGUGGCUCAACAACCUCAACAGCGGUGGCCAGUCAUCGUGGCCGAAGGUGAGGGCACAGGAGAGUUAGUGCACGUGGAGAUGACCAUCAGUGAAACCUGCCAGAAGACUAAACGCAAGAGUGUCAUUGCUUCUUCUCCUGUGUUGGUCAAAGUCCGCUUUGGACUAGAUGAGGACUCUGAGGAGGAAGCGGAUACAGUGACUGAAAAAGACACUAGAAUACCUUCCAACACGAGAAGGCCCGCUAUCGAUUCCAACGCAGGUGGUGGAGGGUAUGAGCCAUCUAAUGAGCAGCCUGCGAGUGUGCCCAUUGAUUACUCCAACUUUCCUACAAUAAGCAAUCCAGAGGAACCAACCGAAGAAGACGAGGAGGAUGAUGAGUUUGUGCACAGUCCCCACAGCAUGACCGACCUGGAGAUCGGCAUGUAUGCUCUCCUCGUGGUGUUUUGUUUUGCUAUAAUGGUCUUUCUUAUAAACUGUAUUGUGUUUGUGUUGAAGUAUCGGCAUAAGCGCAUCCCUCCUGAAGGCCAAGCCAACAUGGACCAUUCCCACCACUGGGUGUUCUUGGGUAAUGGGGAACCCCUUCGCACCCAGAGUGAUCUCUCGCCUCAGACGGUAGAGAGCCCCAGCAACACCUUGGAGGCGGUACAGACUUGUUGUCAUGGGGACCACCACAGUAGCGGCAGCUCCCAGACUAGCGUACAAAGCCAAGUCCACGGCCGAGGAGAUGGCAGCUCCGGAGGUUCCACCAAAGACCACGGAGAGGAAGCCAGCUCACCGACCUCCAAACGCAAACGUGUCAAGUUUACCACCUUCACCCUUCCCACUGAGGAUUUACCCUACAACUCUAUCCCCAUUGCCAACGAAGAAGACAUUCAGUGGGUAUGCCAAGACAUGGGCUUUCAGGAUCCAGAGGAACUCCACGACUACAUGCGCAGGAUAAAGGAAAUAGCCUGACCGGGCUAUGUGCUUUCUAAAGACAUUCCUUUCUAUUUUUCUCUCUUAAUUUUCACUCUAGAGGAGGUACUUUUCACAAGAAAAAACAACCAAGGCCUAGUGUCUAGUUUUGUUGGGGUUUUCUGCACAGUGCUGUUUCCCUUACACAUUGACACUUGUACGAACUAAAAAAUAUUCAUGACGCUGCCAAGGAAGCCAAAGACGAGUCUAAGGGAUUCUAGCAAAAAUGGCUUUAGCGGUGUGUAUGAUUGCUGCUCAGCAGAAGGGUGACUGUACAAUCUUUAAGGGAAACAGAAUUUCAGUUGUGAACACUGAUAUCAAAAUGGAUUCCUAAAGUACUCAAUCAUGUGUGGGUCACCCUGCUGUGGAUAUGAUCUUUCUCAGAGGAAUGCCUGGAGUCUUGGCACUGUGUCCAUUGUUGUUUUUCUUCUUCUUCUCUUUUUUAAUUCAACAGAUUCUUCUCCAACAAAGAGGCCUUUGAAGUGCAGAUUCUACUUUUGUCCCAGAUUUGUGUUUAAGAUGGAUCAUUUUCAUGCCAUUGUUGAUGUACCUGACACAGACACUGUCAGAGACGUUCGUGAGAACAUGCCAUGGAUUCUUUCUAUCAGUGUUGGAAAUGUUGAAUGGUUUUAUCCCCCUGCCAUUAUCUUGGUUCAACACAUGCCUUGGUUGCUGAAUUAGUUCUUCCGCUGUCUUUGGUAUUUCAUACUCAUUCUCAAUCUGGAUGCCACCUCUUCUUCUCUCACUGUCUUGGUUAAGUCUAAUGCCUUAUUAAAUGGAUUUCAUUUGUCACAACUUCGCUCUAUGCUGACACCACAUUUGUUCACAUUGGUAUGGGUCAAAGCGGGGCAACUCUAUAGAAGUCUGUAUCUCAGUUAAACAUGUGUCGGCAUGGGAAAGGCAGGAGCUUGUACAUUGUGGAGUUAUCUUCUCCAACAUUCCUCUGCAUGAAUGGAGACUUGGAGGCACAAUUAGCGUUCUUUUUUUUUCUUUUUUUUUUUGUAUAUGUUUGUAUUGUGAGAAUUAUCUAAUCAUACAUAAAUGAUAAUAGAGGACAUAUCAUGUUACCAUGCAUUACAUGCAUGUGCCAGACCCUCCCUCCUGUGUACAUACCAUGUUCAGUACAUAACGACUGCUGAAGCUUAACUCUUGAUUACUCUGUUAGCCUGAGGAAUAGGGAAGGCAGAUGCCAUAUAGGGACCUGGCAGCCAGAUACCUGAAUUUCAGUGAGGCUCUCUUUUCUCGUUCUCUUUUUCUGUAUCUUUACUGAUCUCACCGUGAAUUCCCAUCCAGGCGGUAAUAGAGUUAAGAUCUCUGUUAAGGAUAAAAUGCUAUGCAAACACACUGGAGGGGUUGGUUAUUGUGUUGAAGUAGAUCCUCCCCAGAUAUUGAUAUAGCACCACGGUUACUGUUAUUAAUAUACCAAGAAAUAUCUCAAAGCUAGAUGUAACAUCUGCCACAAUGUAAAUCGCAGGUUUUGGGGUUAGUUUAUUUCUUUUAAAUUUUUGUUAAAGAAAGAAAAUGAGGUAGCACAGUAGAUCAAGCCCGAAAUGUUAAACAUUUACUAGUUUUGAAAGGGGUAAGCUGGUAACAGGUCUAGAACCUUUUUUUUGUGGUGAGGCACAAAAAAAAAUAUCUGUAUUGCUGCUGACCUAUCACAGGUUAGUUUCAGGGUUACAGAUACCCACCCCCCCCCCCCCCCAAGUUUCUUCAGGACAUCAGAAUUCACGCACUGUAUUAACUGUUUGUUUUUCCACUGUGCUGUAUUUCAGACAUGCAGGAUGUACCCAUUACUUUGUUUUAAUAGCUUAUUAGUCAUUUUCCUGUGACUAGGAAGGAACACCUAUAUUUUGUUUCUUUGUUUUAUAGAUUUUAUUAUAACAUAAUUUUUUUAAACUCUAGUUUAAAGUUAAACUUCCUAGUUUAAUCAGGGGUCCUUUGCACUCCAGAUAAGUUACAGAGAACUUGUUACUGACACCUCUCCACCUUUGUCCUCUGAUUUGUAACCUCCUCUGAUGAGUAAACCCUCAGUCAUGAUGUGUGAUGAAAUUAUAUAACAUGUCAAGGGAUUAGGUUUUGAUAGCUGGAGUGUUGGUCAGUGGUUAAGUUUGACACACACUUGACCUUUAUGGAGGCUCAGAACUGAAUGUAAACUUUUAAACUGUCCCUUGAUGAUCAAAAUGAACAUAAUUUCCACUGUCUUCUGUGGAAGUCUUCUGAUGGGGUACGUAAGACUCAAUAUGACUACUAGCAAGUCUCUGGUAGCAGCUAAUACACUUUUCCAUUUCCUAAAAUUAUUUUACUAAGUUUAACAUCACUAUCAGGACAUUUUAGGUUUCAUAUUGCUUUCUACUUUAAUUUGAUGUAUGUAUGUAUAUGAAACGGCAUUUGCGAUAUCUGCGCUUUCAUUUUUCUUUCUCAAGAGGAGCUGCUACUAGGCCUUUGCCUUGACCACAUGCAGUGUUGUGGUGUAGAUUUGAGCUGUACUCUCUGACCUGCUGAAGCACGGUACUGUCAGCCAUGUGCUGCCAUACCCUUAAUGUACAGAGCACUGUUACAACAUCCUGUAUCCUCCCUAAAAAAAAAAAAAAACAACUGUUGUAUUUCCCUCCUUAUAUGUAAGUAUUAAAGAAAAUACAAUGCA